AAUGAUGAUUGUCAAAAAUAAUCCAAACGCGUCCGGAUGGAGUUUGGAAAGUGGAUAUUCAAAUCCAUUGGUUUUUAGGAAAAACUAUCCAUUUCAAGCUGGGAAUUAUAAACGAAUCAAUUUCAUGCAUACAGUGCUUCAAAUAGACUCAAAUAAUUACGAGCAUAAAUGCAGUGGUAUUGAACAAGGUUUUAAGAUAGUUUUAUCAAUACCUGGCGAAGCACUGAGAAUGUCACAGAAUUAUUUUCGAAUCACACAGCUUAGUUUCAUUGAAUUGGAUCCUGAAUUGAUAACAACUACAGACAGAUUACGCCACUUUCAACCAAAUCAACGAAAAUGUUUCUAUGGCGACGAGCGACGAUUGCGGUUCUUUAAAAUGUACACCGCAAUAAACUGCGAAGAGGAAUGUUUGGCGAAUUUCACCAAGAUAAUGUGUGCAUGCGUAAAAUUCUCGAUGCCAAGAGAUGAGAAUACAAAAAUAUGCGGUGGCGCAAAGAUGAAAUGCUUGAAUGAUGCACGAAAGAUAUUCUGGGCAACGAUUAGUGGAAAAAUAGUUCGAGACAAAUGUAAUUGCUUGCCCGCAUGUACAGUUAUCAAAUACAAUGCUGAACUACGCAAAUUAAAUUUAAAAACUAAUAUUCGUUCAACCAACUUCAAAAAGGAUCAUAUACUUUCAUUAGCUAAAAUACAGUUUAAAUUGGCGAUUGUGAAGAAAUCAGAGAAAAUUGAGUUAUACAGUGUUUCGGAUUUUUUGGCAAUUUGCGGCGGUUUAUUGGGAGUAUUUGUAGGCGUAUCGGUCUUGAGUAUAAUCGAACUCGUCUAUUUCGCCACUCUUCAUUUAUUCUGGAAAAUUCGAUGUGCGCCGUCGGUGAAUGCUGUCGGACCAUCUAAUGGUGAAGUAGAGAAUAUCCCUUCAACGAGCGAUCAAAAUAUGUACAUUGAAGACAUUGAGAAUUAGAAAAAAAGACAUUAAAUUCACAUUAAAUUAGUAAUA